UUCCCUCCAACAAAAGAAGAAGAGCAACAAGAGAACAUCCAAAAAAGAAAAUCAAAGACAUCAAUGGAGUGUCCCUUCUCUAUUCCAUUGCUCAUCCUAUCAUCCUUCUAUCUUCUAACCUGCACCGGGGAAGAUAGGAUAACCCUAGGCCAAUCCAUCACAGCAAACCAAACCAUUACCUCUCAGGGUGGAAUUUUCUCACUAGGUUUCUUCAGUCCUCAAAAUUCCACAAACCGCUAUGUUGGGAUAUGGUAUCAUAAUAUUCCUGUUCAAACUGUCGUAUGGGUCGCCAACAGAGAAAACCCAGUCACAGAUUCCUCAGGAGUUCUUACAAUUACCCCAGAUGGAAAUCUCGCCUUCUUGGGUACAACUGAAAACAUCUUUUGGUCAUCGAAGGUGUCGAUUCCAGCUCGAAGAAAUACUACUGCAAUACUCUUGGAUGAUGGUAAUCUUGUUUUAAGAGAUGACAGUCAGUCGGUCUUGUGGCAGAGCUUCGACUAUCCUUCCAAUUCCUUUCUCCCAGGUAUGAAACUAUCAGCAAACCUAAAAACUGGUGAAAGUACAUGCGUUUUUUCGUGGAAAGAUGCCAAUAACCCAACACCAGGAGAAUUUUCUGUAUGUAUGGACCCUCACACACCGCGCCAGCUGAUCAUGCUGAGAAGAUCGGACAAGUACUGGAGAAGUGAUGUUGGGCAGCUGGGAGCGGUUGUAACGAUGUUUGGGAAAAUUAUUGUAUUCUACCAAGCUACUGUAACUGACGACCAGGAGAUCUAUUUCACCAUUACAAUCACAGGCAGUAAGAUCAUGGCAAGGUACUUUUUGGCUCCUACUGGGCUAGUCCAGGCGCUGAUAUGGGAGGAAGAUUCCAGGAAGUGGAAACCGAUUAUUUCAUUUCCGACGAUUGGAUGUGAUUUUUAUGCCCCAUGUGGUCCAUUUGCUAGCUGUGAUCGUAGAAUGUCACUGACUAUCUGUAAGUGUUUGAAAGGAUUCAAGCCAAAAUUUCAGAAAGAUUGGGAUAUGGGGAAAUGGUCUGGAGGUUGUGUGAGGCAGGAGCCGUUGGAAUGUAAGAUGGGAGACGGAUUUAUGAAGCUGGAAAAUAUGAAACUGCCUGAUUUUUCGAUAUCCUUAGGAAACGUGAGUAUGAGAGAUUGUGAACUACAAUGCCACAACAACUGUUCUUGCACGGCUUAUGUUUACAGUAAUCCGACUGGCUCGGUUGUUUGGAGAUGUUUGAUUUGGAAUGGGGAUUUGAUUGAUCUUGUGGAGGGUUCUGGAAUGACUCCGGAUAUCUACAUACGCCUUGCCGGCUCCGAAUUUGGUGGAAGCAAUCAGAUAAGCGACGUCUCUAGUAAGAGAAACCGUUUGCUUCGGAUUAUACUACCCAUAAUUGCUACUUCCAUGGUUGUUUUGGGAAUGUUUGGCUAUUUUUUAUGGAGGAGACUCAAGAAACAAGGGAAGAGAGAUGCAAAUACUGCAACACUUGAUCAAAGAGCUAAUUAUUUUGCAACCGAGUUUAGAAGUGAUGAUACACUUCUAAAUGGGGAGUAUAUUCCAGAUCAGUUACCACUAUUCACAUUCGGUAGCAUUGUAGACGCUACAGAAAACUUCUCUUUGGCGAAUAAGCUUGGGGAAGGUGGGUUUGGUCCUGUUUACAAGGGAAGGUUGCCAGGAGGUUUAGAAAUAGCAGUAAAAGCACUUUCCAAGAGUUCUGGGCAAGGCCUGGAGGAGUUCAAGAACGAAGUAGAACUUAUUGCAAACCUCCAACACAAGAAUCUCGUUAAACUGUUGGGUUGGUGCAUUCAUGCGGAAGAAAAGAUGCUAAUCUAUGAAUACAUGCCCAACAAAAGCUUGGAUAAACUUCUGUUUGAUCCAACCCAAAAAUCACAACUAGAUUGGGGGAAACGCUUCUGCAUUGUUGAAGGUAUUGCUCAAGGGCUUCUUUAUCUUCACAAGUAUUCGAGGUUAAGAAUCAUUCAUCGAGAUCUAAAAGCCAGCAAUAUUCUACUGGAUGGUGAAAUGAACCCCAAAAUAUCAGACUUUCGUUUGGCUAGAAUUUUUGGAGGAAACCAGAUUGAAGUGAGUACUGAUAGAAUCAUGGGAACAUAUGGCUAUAUGCCCCCCGAGUAUGCAUUGGCGGGUCACUUCUCAGAGAAAUCCGACGUAUUUAGUUUCGGGGUGUUGCUGUUAGAAAUAGUUACUGGAAAGAGGAAUGCAGGUUUUUAUCCCACAGAUCGAUGGUCAAAUACUUUAGUAUAUGCAUGGAAACUAUGGAAAGAAGGUAAGACCAUGGAGCUGAUGGAUCCAUCGAUAAGCAGUUCGCAUGUCACUCAUGAAGUCGAGAGAUGCAUCCAUGUGGGGCUUUUGUGUGUCCAAGAUGACCCAGGUGAACGCCCAACAAUGUCUUCCGUUAUCUCUAUGUUGGGAAAUGGAACUGUGCUACCACCAACGCCCAAGAAACCAGCCUUUUCAACAAGUUGGAGCUCCAUUGCUGUCUAUCCAUCUUCUAGUGAAUCCAGGAAUUAUUCUAUAAAUGAUUUGACGAUUAGCAUGGUAGAGGCCAGGCCAUAGUUAUCACUUUGGCAUGCUGAGAGGUAACAUAAUUUUAAAUUUUCGAAUCAUGCCAUGUAUUUUAAUCAAGCUUGUUUCUUGAAGGAAUGCAAUUAUGAACCUAUGUCAAACCAAGACCUGAAAUGUAUUCUCUUCCCAGAUCAAUAAAAGCCUCUCCAUAGGGCAUAUUUGGGUGUA